AUGCUUCCGUUGACGCUGCUCAAGACGUCGUGCGGGCACCCCAUGCUGGUGGAGCUGAAGAAUGGAGAGACGUACAACGGCACGCUGGCGUCGUGCGACACGUGGAUGAACGUGCACCUGAAGGAGGUGAUUUGCACCUCCAAGGAUGGCGAUCGGUUUUGGCGAAUGGCGGAGUGUUACGUGCGCGGGAACACGAUCAAGUACGUGUGCGUGCCGGACGAGGUGCUGGACGUGGUGAAGGAAGAGAUGAAGAAUCGUCCGCAGGGCGGCGGUCGAGGCGAGGGCGGUCGAGGCGGUCGCGGCGGUCGCGGCGGGCGCGGUCGCGGAGGCAGGGGACGAGGCGAGUGA